AUGCGUAAGGUGGAUCUGAAUUAUGGCACUGCGCCAAUUUUUGAAAUAAACAUUGGCUCGGGGGGCGUAAAUUCAGUUCAUACUAUAUCAGAGAACCUUUACUUGUCUACUUCUUCUGAUCAAAUUUCUUUAUUUGAUUCAGAUACCGUACAAGAGUCAGUUCCAACACAAACAGAGUGCUCCGUUUAUAUUAGGAAGCAAGAAUUAUUAGUAGCAAUUACAAAAUCAGAUCAUUCUUUCAUUAUUUUAACUCCAUCAAAUUUAAAAAUGCCAUUUCUUGAAGGUAUUCCGACAAAUCAAUCUUUUGUUAAUCAUAUAAUUUACUCAUCCAAAUCAAAUAUCUUCUUGACAAUAGGACAAGGCGUCAGCAUUUGGAGAUUUUCAUUUGAUCCUACAGCAUCGAAAGGAAACCUUCAAAAAGCGGGAUUCAAAAUAACUUUGCAAGGCCACUUCCUUGAUGACUAUAACUUUACAAUUUUAAAUGAGCCUCAGUUUGACUAUCAUAAUGAAUUUCUGAUUCUUCCUUCGCAAUCUGGAAUUCGAUUUUAUAAGCAGGAUGGUUCAUAUUCACAGUUUACUACAGAUCCAAUCUCAGAAGUUUCUCCAAUAUCGUUUAAUCAAAGUAUUUCAAAACUUUUAGCAAUAAAUGAAGAUAAAAUCACAAUUUACCAUAAGAAUCAAAGUAUUUUCAGAUGUUUUAAGCUUCCAAACGAGUCAAUAAUUUCAGCUUUUUAUUUCUCAAAGACUGAUGUUUUAUUUGUUACAGCGAAGCAAGAUUUCUUCUUAAUGAACCUCAAAACAGGUAAAUUCUGGCGUUGCGCUUCCGCCAGACAGCCAAUUUCAAGAUUAUUGUAUUAUCCAGGUUCUUUUCCACGAAUCAUCAGAAUUACAGGCUCUACGAUAUACUGUAGACAGAUUAACAUUCCAUGGAAGUUCUGGGUUCAAAAUAUCGGCGGUUUCAAACAAAUACAAAGAAAUCCGAAGAUAAACAGUGCCGCUAGACUUACUAUGCUUACAGAUGACAACACCAUAACAUUCAUAAGUCCAAAGAACAAAGCAGUCCUUACUUCUCUCCCUCCUUCAAACCAAACAAAGAUCAUUCAAAUUUUCUAUGACCGCGGUUUCUCUCAAAAAAAUACCAAAAGAGAUGAUCUCAUGGUUAUAACGGAAGAUGGAAAACUAUCAGUUUACAACACAGAAACUGUUCCAAUUUCUCUGAAAUCUGAUUACGAAUUUAAUGCAACUUAUUUGACCCAGUUUACAUCGAAAGGGGAUCCAUUCUAUGCAAUAAGUACAACAACAGGCGAAAUUCUGAUCUGUAACUAUGAAGAUUUGAAGAUUUCGAACAGAAUUCAGAUAUCUCCAACUCCUGAACCAAUAAAAUGCGUUGAAUUCGAUGGCCAACACCUUAUUGCUAUCACAGAGUCAGAACUUAUCGCUUACAAUGCAACAACUCUUAGUUUUGUCCUGAAAAAGAAAUGUAAUACAGAUGGACUGAUAAAAAUGAAUAAUAACAUUCUAUAUAUUGGCAGAGAUAAUGGAAAAAUAUCUAGGUACGAGAUAAUCAAUCAAAACAUCAGAGAAACAAUGAUUUCAAGUCAUGAAUCCGAAAUCACUUCAUUUUCAUUUGGAGAUGCAUUCUGGGUAUCAAUAUCACUUGAUGGUACCGUAAAUUACCACAAUUAUGUUGAUACUUGCUUGGCAAAUAUUAAUUUGGACAAUCAAAUUUUUUCAUCAGAAAUUUUGAAUGGAAAAAGAGAUUUGAUAUUAUCAACACCAUCAGAUUUGAUGAUAAUUAAAGGUCCAAUAGUAUUCGGAAAGGAAUGUGACCAGGAAAUCCCUCAAUUGGAUAAUUACAACAGAAUUGUUGAUGUUUUGGCAUCAGGAAUGUUCAGAUCCACUUCUUUAGGCGAUGUUGAACCAAAGGAAGCCAUAUUUAUACGAAAUGAACGCUUGGAAAAGCAAAUAACUGAAGAAAAUUUGAAAUAUUCCGCAAAAUCAUCGCCAAAACCUCAAAAAACAGCCGAAAUGGAAGAAGAUAAUAAAGAUCAAGAGAAUAAUGCAUACGAUAACGAUGCAGAAGUCGAAGAAGAAAAGAAUGAAGAAUCAAAUCACGAAAUAAUCAUCCAAGAACCUGAAGCUGUAUCAGAAAAUGCAGAAUCACGUGAAAUAAGAGCUCCGAGACACAUAAACAAAGAAGAUAUCAAACAAAAAGGAAAAGAUAAAAAAUCUACAAAUUCAAAACGUUUGAAUAAGAAUAAAAACACAAACAGUUAUGCUGGACCAGUACAAUCAUCAAAUAGCCUUAAAUCUUUACAGAAAAAUGAAGAAAUUUUACUUUUUAGCCAGGAUUGCAUUGAUAAAUUAAAUAAAAAGCCACAAAAGCAUCAGGUUUCCCAACCACAUGGCAAGAAUUCCAAUCCAAAAUCAAUCCAAAGGAUAAAAGACCGAAUUUCGGAUCAAAAAUUCCAAUCUCAAAAGGAAAUAACAAUAGAAACAGAUAGUUACAUCAAUAUACCUAUUGAGAAAUCCAAUUCUCUGACUUCCUUCGAUUCAAUAUUAACUCCUCCGCCUGCAUUUGGAAAUAAUCCAAAUUCAGCAGCCUUUAAACAAAAUUUCCAAAAAGCUAGUGUUGCAAAUGUUUAUGCCAACAAGAAGAAAGCCAAUACAUUCGCUUACAAUGAAAGAUCUUUGUUCCAACCUUUAAAUCUUCCAAAUCAGAACAAAGAAAAAUUCAUUGAUCCACAGCUUUACCCCGAUGACUACAGAAAACAGUUCUUUGAGCUAGAUAAAGGCUACUCAAUGAACAAAAAGUCAUUCCAAACGAUUCUUCCGCCAUCUCCAAAUUCUCAACCAGAAACUUCUUCAAAUACAGAAAAUUCUGCUAAUAAAGAGAAUAAAGAUGUUGAAACAACAUCAAAAACCAACAAUAAAGAAGAAAUAAAACAAGAUGAUUCGAUGAUCAAUUAUGUCAUCAUGAAACGAUAUCCAACACCUCCAGUGAUCAAAGAAGAAUGGACUGUUAACCCCCCCAGACACCGUUUGUCAAGAAAUGAAACUCCUAAUUUUGUUCGACCUUCAAUUAUCCUUCAGAACGAAGUAACGUCGAAAUCUGAAGUCAACAAAUUGUAUGGAAAAGGAAGUCACGCUUUAAUUCCUCUUCCUGACAGAAAUGACUCAGAUUCUCUGAAUAAUAAACAAAAUAAGGUGAAAUACAACUCUCAAAACCAAAAGAAUUCAUACAGAGAGUCAUUAAUCAUCCAACCAAUUCACUUCCUUCAGCCUGGAGAGGCUCCUCCGCCUCCUCAGACAGCAAAUCAACGCGCAAGGAUCAUUGUGCCUGCUUGGGCUAGAUCUGCACGCAAAUAA